AUGUCUCGCUUACUGCAGAACAAGCAUGUCGGCAUUAAGAAGCCGACCCAUGGCCACCAGCUCCCCAAAGAAGGUUAGUCGCCGCUCGCCUCUCGGGCUUAGCCUGAGCGCCACCCACCCGACGACGACCCUGGUCGGCCUGGUCGCGGAUGUGACGACGUUCGAAGUGACGAGGCGGCGAUGCUGCGCUCUCGUUCGCCACGCUCCCAGCCUUUCUAUUGCACCUAGAUUGACCACACCCCGUUUAUCUCCUGCACUCAUAGGAGGAUCUCUCCGACUCGACCACACCUUGAUCGACCGAUGCCAGCAAUGGAAGCACGUCGACAAAUCGCUGCUGCACUACUUCGAGGGCCUCGCCGCGAUCCAGCACACCACCGCAAAGGCGACCCUUGCGCUCCAGGAGACCAUCCAAGUUCCUUUCCAUGAGGGUGAGUGUGCUGCCUGAAAAUGAUCCUUCGACCGCCUGCGUGAUGUGUGGCGAGAUACACCGAUCAUCUCCCGGCGAGAUUGAUCGUCACCCUUGGGCGCCACCUCCCCGACGUCACAUAGCCCGAGGCCCUUCCGUAGUCCCUCGAGACCCGCAGGGGCUUGGAGAAUGGAGCAAUUCUGUAAUACUCACAACUCUCAGCUUAAGUCGUUCUGACACCCUUUCAACUCGCCCUUUCCCUUCACAGGCCACCAGUUCCUCGGUGAAGGCGGAUGGCAAGAGAUCUUGUACUCGGUCCGCGACCAGACCAAAGUUCUGGCCGAGGCCCACUCCAACUUUGGCGAGACCAUCGAGAAGACGGUCGUCAAGGAGCUUCAAGGCGUCCGAGCCGAAAUCAAGGCUCACAUAGCCGCCCUUGAGAAGGAGGCGUCUCUCCUCGCCGAUGACGUUGAGAAGGAGGUUAGCCGUUGCUCUGACUUUGCGAGCACGAUGGCGCUACGAGUCUCGGAAUUGACCCUGUUCACGUUUUAUGCCACAGCGCGCCAACUCGACCCAGCUUUUGACUCAAUUACAAACCGGCAUUGAAACCUACGAGUCCUCGGACUCCCCCAUGUUGCCCCAACACGACCCGUAAGUUUUGAAGGACACAGCUUCACGUGUUUGUGAGGGUUGCUCAAGCGUCCCCUGUUCCUCGCACCGCAGUUACCUCACGCACUCACUCGUGCAGACCCAACUGAAGAAGCAGAUCCACAAAGAGAGUGAGUAGGACCGGUGCGAUACCUCUAGCUUCCACCAUUUGGCUGACUCGGACUAAAUUGGCCUGAAUAGACGACCUCCAAGCUGCUCUCAUCCGCUUCCAGCAGCAACAGCCCGCGUUCGAGGAGGGCAUCGCCAAGUCGAUCCAGUCCGCCUGCAAGCUGUUCGACGAGGCCAAGGCCACAAAGGAUGACGAGUUUGCCAAGUUGACCAAGGCCAUUGGCGAGUCGCUCCAAAAAGUCUCCCCUACGGCCGAGUACGAAUUUGUGGGUCUUCAUGGGAAUAUUCUCCAUAGCACGCGUCUUCGAACCAUACUCACCAAGUCUUUUCUCAUCCGUUAGUGGUCUGCCAAGGAGGGGGCCCUCCUCGACGUCAACGCGCCAACGCGCAGCGUUGACGCCAUCAUCUUCCCCGGUCUCGACCACGCCGCGACGCAAUCGAUCAAGGAAGGCCACCUCGAGCGCAAGAAACGCUUUACCAAGUCUUACGCGGAGUCGUACUACAUCCUCACUCCUUCCGGCUACUUGCACGAGCGCAAGACGAGCAGCAGGUCCGACGCCUCAGCUCCUGGUUUCUCGCUCUUCUUGCCCGAGUGCGUUCUCGGCCCUCCCAGCGGCGAGAGCGACAAGUCGCACAAGUUCCACGUCGAGGGCAACAAGGCCGUCAAGUCGUCGUUCGAGUCCAAGGUCAAAAACUCGCUCCGCUUCGGCGGCAAGGAGAUCGCCUACACGUUCCGCGCUCGCACUCACGCCGAGAUGAUGGGAUGGUGGAAGGAGAUGGACCAGCUCACGCGCGAGACCAAAACGCAGGUUCCCAAGGCCAAGCUCGCCCUCGUUACGCCCGUCGACCUCGCCGUGGCUCAGGUCGGUCUGCCAGUCGAGGGCGGUCAAGACUUGACCACGCCCAUCCCUACGGCCGCGCUCCACCCAGAGGAGGACGAAGAGGAGUCUGGAGGAUCGAGCGCCGAAGAGGAGGAUGAUGAGGCCCGAGCUAUCCGAACCGCACCCACCACUCCGGCCGUCGGUUCUAACGCCACCUCGCCCUUGGACCACGCCGGCGCCGAGCAUGCUAUUACGGAGUCGGAGUCAGGUCAAGGCAAAGCCGAGACGUUGCCUACAUACGCCGGUAACACCAACAACGUCGCCGUUGCCGAGAAGGAUGGCGUCAAGAGCGGUCCUCCUGCCCUCGCUGAGCCGACCGAGAAUCACGCGUCGACGUCGUCAUCGUCGUAA